GUAGUAGUAGGUUAACGUUUCAAGGUGUGCACCGAAGUUGCACCGCCGUAGGAGCGUGAGAAUAAAUGGGCACGUGUUGGUUUCGUAGUUGCAUCAAGGUCAAAGCUUUCUAGCUCGCUACUCACCCCCUUCUUAACCAAAAGUUCACUCUGACCUCGACAAAAGAAAUUAUGCCUCCUCGUGGCAGUGAAGGAUUAGAUUUUACGCCAAUCUUAACGCACUAUCUUUUUUUGUUUACCACAAUUCUUGCGGUGCUGGCAUGGUUCAUCGCAUUUAUCUCCCAAUGUAUCGCAACUGCUCAAUUCCAUGAAGGAGCUGUUGGGGUUGCCUGGUUUGGGAUAUUCCUCCAAUUAUUCUUAACCCUUGGCGUAUUGCACACUCUAGCAAGCGAUUCAAUAGCCAUGCAUCGCUUCCAAAUAUCAGUUUUCGGUGCUAUCGCCAUUGUCAUGGCUGUCAUCACCGUCAGCAACAGCAUUUUCACUGGAAAGGCUGCCCUGGACGCUAUGGCUGCGGGUUGGCUCAUUAUUGCAAUCGUAGACAUCCUUUGGGUCAUCUACUUCACUUCCGAAGAAGACUCUCUCGCUUUUCACCUUUUCAAUUCCAUGGGCACAGGUGGUCUCACUCCACCAUCCCGUCGCCGUAGGACUCGCGGCGCGAGCAACAUUGGCACCAAUGGCUAUGCAGCAAACUAUUCUCCUGGCGGUGGUAUUGGUUCACAUGAUAUGCCCUACGACAGCGCCAACAAGAUGGGCGGUAUAGGUACCGGUCCCGGGGUUAGGAGUCAAAAUAGUUUUGUCGGCGGUGCAAGCAUGGACGGCCCGCCCCGCAGUCUUGGCCCCGCAGCUGGUGCAGGCAGUGUUCACAGUACACCAAAUCCCGUUCCGGUUUCACUGGGCGGCCCUGACAAUAGUUUGGGCCCAGGCUCGCCGUUGAUAGGCCCUGGUGCUGCGGGUGUAGGCGCAGGUGGCGGUAUGAGUGGAGGCAGCCCAACUAUGCCAGAAGCUAACCCGGGCGGGGCGGAGGCAUACGUUUACAAAGCGAAAGCAUUGUAUGCUUACACUGCCUCUCCAGAUGAUCCUAACGAAAUCUCAUUCACUAAGGGUGAGAUUCUUGAUAUCGUAGACAAGCAAGGCAAGUGGUGGCAAGCGAAGAAAGUAGAUGGUACAAUAGGAAGUACGUGUUUUUAUCUUGCACAGCUUGCUAGCCCCUUGACCCUAAUACUUGCAUCCCAGUUGCACCAUCGAAUUACCUUCAGGUCAUCUAAUAGAUUUGGCUGGGAAUUUUGGUUUUUGCCUCUUUAUGCUACAUUUGACGACCAUGGGCAUGCGUGAUACGAGCGUUACGUUCUUUGUAAUAGCACUGAAGUGUCUUGAUGUUAUGCGAUUUCAGCUAUAUUAUACACUUCCUUGCUGGACUUCUCCCUCUGUUUUUUUAUUUGUUCGCCUCACUGUCUCUCAACGAUACCACAUUCUGACCAAUGCUUUCCUCUGUGUCCUAGCGAUGUAUAUGUUGCUUAUCAGAUUAUGCUCAAUCAAUAGCCUGCUUGUUCUUGCCUUUCGGUGACCGGUCGAUAGCAACAUUGAAUAUUCAUAUCCGCUUUGACGGAGAACCAAUGAUGGUCCGACAUACUGGCCAUUGUUUCACCUGGUUGAACGUUCUGAAGGGGAUUAUCUUUUCUACCGUGCUCUCACUGCUAACUCGGACAGCUGGCAUAUUCUGGUCGUGUUCUAGAUGAUGGAGAAGGAACGACUAUGGGGACUAGGCAAAGUCCACAAAUAUGAUGUCAGACUCUUCUCCACGUAGCGGAGA